CCGAAUUCGAAUUUCGACUAAUUAAUAGAGCCUUUUUCGUUUUUUGUUUCGUUCUGUUUCGUUCUUUGCUUGCUCAAUCAUAGAAAUAAAUUCACACAUACACACACACAAAUGCCGCGCAAAUCGGAAAAACAGCUCAAACUGUCACGGCAGCUGAUCUCAAUGUCGUGGAAUCCGCGCAACUUGUACCAGCUGGCAACAAAAAAGCCCAAGCGCGACACACGAGGCUACCACGAUGCUAACAUCACGGAGAAGCAAUGGCUGAGGAUGUUCAAGCCACAGCUGCCGACGCUCAACAUGAAGCUCAAUGACAAGCCGAAUCACCCUAACACGGCGUCUCUGAUGUAUGCGUGCAUGGAGAGGAGGCUGGACUUUAUUGUUUUCAGGAGCCACUUUGCGUCGUCGAUCUGGAUGGCUCGCCAGAUGAUUAUCCACGGGAAGGUCAAGCUCAACGGAAAGAAGCUGCCGUUCCCCAGCCACACUGUCCAGGAUGGCGAUGUCAUUGCUGUUGAUCCCGAGGCUGUCGUCACGCUGAAGGCCCCGGCCAAUGGCGCAAAGGAGCUGGACUUUGUCAACUACAACACUUGCUCGACUGUCUUCCUGCGCGAGCCGGUGACCAGGCCCAACGUCACCGAGGUGCCGUCGCCCUUCCCCCCAGAGUUCCACGCUCUGUCAUUUGAGUUCUACCUGCGCCGUGGCCGCACUAGAAAGUGAGCGCUACACGCGCGCGGUAGUUUUUUAUUUGUCUCUUAUUUUUCGCAAGUACACACAAAAUUCAAGCAAAUUGAACAAUUCAUUUGCAAAUCGGUCUGAACAGCAGGUGGCAAAAAGUGUAGAAAAAAUACGAUAUAUAAAUAUCAGCCAAUCAACUCGCCGAGCCGAGCCACCAAAAUUCGGAUGUUACCCGCAUGUACCUCACGAUUUCGAUAAGUGUAGGAAAAAAGCAACAAUUCGAUUUUUUUACACUGUACUUGCCAAAAGUCGAAUUACAGUGGAUUUCC